ACCAUGCAUAGUCCCCCCUGAGCCCUGCAGCGCCCGGGGACCCUCCGUCCCCAGGGUGCCCAGCAGCCUUCACCCUCCCACCGCCCCACCAGGGCCUUCAGCCUCUGCUUCCUUCCUCCUCCUUCUACUCCUACUCCUCCUCCUCCUCCCAUAGCCACCACCCUCCCUCCUUCCCCAGGGCCUGGCUGGCAUGGAGGUGCUGGCUGCAGGGAGCCGGAUGCUUCCCGCGGCUCUUGCCUCCUCCUUGGGCUGCAUCCCUCCUGCCCAGCAUCCUUCCUCCCCGACAAAGCCCUGAGCCGCUCAGCAGCCGCCUCCUUUGUGCACGGGAGCGAGUGUGCGUGCUCUGUCCCCCCAGCCCGGAGCCCCCCCGGUUCCUUGCCCGGUGGUUUGCCAGUGGGGAAGCCGGAGAGAUGCUGCCCUCGCCGGAGGAUCCAAACGCGGGAGGUCGGCGGCCAGAAGCAGUGCCUGGCACCGGCCGAUGUUGACAUACCCCCCAGAAUUGCCGGAGCCCCCACUUCCAUCCCAGAUCUCUCACCCCGCCAUGCCCCAGCGGAGCCACGGCCCCACCUCCCGGGGCUCCCCAACCCAUUCUGCCUGCCACCAGUCCAUCCAUCCCGCGCCAUGAGCGGGGCUGUGCGGUUCCCCUGCAUUGGGGCACAUAGCUGAGGGAUGGCCUCGCUGGACCUGCCCUACCGAUGUCCGCGGUGUGGGGAGCACAAGCGCUUCCGCAGCCUCUCCUCGCUGCGGGCGCACCUGGAGUACAACCACACCUAUGAGACUCUCUACGUCCUCUCCAAGACCAACAGCAUCUGCGAUGCUGCCGUCUUCCCCCUGGCCACCGAUGGGGCCCUUCUGACACCAGCCGCCCGGCGGGACUACUUUGAGAGCACCUCCUUCCAAGGCAAGGACCAACGCUUCUCCUGCGACCUUGUCCCCGCUGAGGAGCUGGAGCCGGCCCCAUCCUCCUCCCCCUCACCCCGCUAUGUCCACGAGAUUGAGAUCCCACUGACAGAGAUCUUCACCCGGGGAAAAGCCGUGGCACCAGCCCCCACACCGCCAGCCACUAUGGACGCGGCCUAUGAGGAAGGCUUGGCCCGCCUGAAGAUCCGCGCCUUUGAGAAGCUGGAGGUGGACAAGAGGCUGGAGAAGCUGACGGAGGAGGUGGAGCAGAAGAUUGCCUCUCAGGUGGGCCGGCUCCAGGUGGAGCUGGACCGCAAGAGCUCAGAGCUGGAGAAGGCUAAGCAGGAAAGCCUGCGGCUCAGCCGGGAGAAGCAGGAGCUAGAGGACCGGGCAUCUGAACUGUCCCGCCAGGUGGACGUCAGUGUGGAGAUGCUGGCCUCCCUCAAGCAGGACCUGGUGCAGAAGGAGCAGGAGCUCACCCGCAAGCAACAGGAGGUGCUGCAGAUCGACCAGUUCCUGAAGGAGACAGCCGCCCGUGAGGCCAACGCCAAGGUCCGCCUCCAACACUUCAUCGAGGAGCUGCUGGACCGGGCAGACCGGGCCGAGAAGCAGCUCCAGAUCAUCAGCAGCAGCUGUGGCACCACCCCAAAUGGCAGCUUGGGACGCUGUGGCACGCCGGGGGCCAAGGCUGCCGGCCGACUGGUACCUCCGCGAGCACAGAGAGACCGGCACCCGGGGCCAGGGGUGGCCGUGCAUGGUCCUUACGGCGUAUCCAACCAGCGCUCCUCCUCCAGCACCGGGGCCUCAAGCCGGGCAAAAGCUGUGUCACAGAGCUCGGGCUGCUAUGACAGUGACAGUGCAGAGCCGUGCCCCACCGAUGACACUGCCGACGGGCAUCCCUACCCAGCGCGGGAUGGCACCCGGGGCUCAGGGCUGCGCCGGCAAGCCAUCCAAAACUGGCACCGCCGGCCCUACCGCAACAGCACUGAGGGCGAGGAGGGUGACGUCUCCGAUGUGGGCUCCCGCACCACCGAGUCGGAGGCCGAGGGCUGGGAGCCGGAGGCACCUGGAUCCGCUGGAUCCCGACCUGCCGGCAGCUGCCGGCUGACAGCCAGGACCGAGGGGGCCGGGGGCAAGGGGGUCCGUCUGGACAGGGGCAGCCCAGGCCACUCCAGCGAGGUGAUCAGCCCUGAGAUCCUCAAGAUGCGGGCGGCUCUUUUCUGCAUCUUCACCUACCUGGACACAAAGACCCUGCUGCGGGCGGCUGAGGUGUGCAAGGACUGGAAGUUCGUGGCCCGGCACCCGGCUGUGUGGACACGGGUUCUGUUGGAGAAUGCCAGGGUGUCCUCUAAGUUCCUGGCCAUGUUGUCUCAGUGGUGCACCCAGAUGCAUUCCCUCACCCUCCAAAACCUCAAGCCACGCCAGCGAGGGAAGAAGGAGAGCAAGGAGGACUACAUGAAGAGCACGCGGGGCUGCCUGGAAGCCGGGCUGGAGUCCCUGCUGAAGGCAACAGGCAGCAACCUGCUCAUCCUCCGCAUCUCGCACUGCCCCAACGUGCUGACGGACCGCUCGCUCUGGCUUGCCAGCUGCUACUGCCGGGCCCUGCAGGCUGUCACAUACCGGAGCUCUACGGACCCCGUGGGUCAUGAAGUCAUCUGGGCCCUUGGAGCAGGUUGCAGGGACAUCAUCUCCCUCCAGGUCGCACCUCUGCAUCCGUGCCAGCAGCCGACACGUUUCAGCAACCGCUGCCUUCAGAUGAUCGGCCGGUGCUGGCCGCACCUGCGGGCACUGGGUGUUGGAGGGGCAGGCUGCGGCGUCCAGGGACUGGCAUCCUUAGCCCGAAACUGCAUGCGGCUUCAGGUCCUGGAGCUGGACCAUGUGGCAGAGAUCAACCAGGAGGUUGCAGCAGAGGUGUGUCGAGAGGGGCUGAAGGGACUGGAGAUGCUGGUACUGACAUCCACUCCGGUCACCCCCAAAGCCCUGCUGCACUUCAACAGUGUGUGCCGGAACCUCAAGUCCAUCGUCGUGCAGGUAGGCAUCGUAGACUAUUUCAAGGAACCCCACAGCCCUGAAGCCAAGAAGAUGUUUGAAGAAAUGGUGAACAAACUCCAGGCCCUGAGGAAGAGACCCGGCUUCUCCAAGAUUUUACACAUCAAAGUGGAAGGAGGCUGUUAGACCUUCAGGGAACCACAAAGCACAUUCCCUCCUCUGCCCGGUGGAGCCCAAGGCCCCGUGAAACCAAACCCACUGUCCGCUGCUCACCCGCUGCCGGACCUGGAGCAUGGAGACACCAGCUCAUGCACAAAGAAACCCCAAAACUCUUGCAGGCCUUAGUGACUGGCAGCCAGCGCUUGUCCCCGGUGCCAGCUUGCGGGCGAGAAGGUGCUACUUAAGGAAAUUUUUUGGCUGCCCAAAGAGGCAGGGCUACGCUCUUCCCUGGGAGGGAAAAUGGCUUCAACAUCCCCCCACCCCCACUGUGGCUGCUUAUUGCCAAGGAUCCUUGUUUGGGGAAUGUCUUUUUCUUCAAACAUUGUUUCUGGGGGAGUAGGGGUUGGCCUUUUGAUGGCAUGGGAGCUGAGGAUGGCUCAGCCCAUCCCCAUGGGCUUCAUGCAGACCCCUGGGCUUGGCGCCGCUGUGUCACAGCUGGACCAUCCCAUCCUCUCCGUGGGAUGUUGGAGGUGGGAAGGGGACAUUCCUCCAGAGGAAACAGCGCCUAGCAUUCUGGCACGGUUUCGGCUCAUUUUCAUUUCAUUUGUUGAACAGAGGGACACCUAAACCUGGGUAAAUACUGCCCAGAAACCAGCAGCCACGACAGCACAAGCCUGGAUGGCAGAGCUGCAUCUCGGGGGCUGUAAGAGCCAGAGGACACCAGGAGAGUUGAUCGCUCUUCCAGACGUCUCCAGCCUCACCUCCUCUCCACCCAAACCUUCCUGCCAAGGCAAUAAACCAUCUCCAAAAUCCUCAUCCACCAGGAAACAUGGGUCAUGCUUCUGUCUCCACCACCAUCCCUCAGAGCAAGUUGCCCCAUGUGGAGAGAGCGACUGGCAUGGGACACCUACAUUUGCCAUCUCAUCGCCUUCUUGAGCAACUUGGAGAAACCCUGGCCAAAAUGUCCUGAAAUCCAAAGCUGCUGGUGAAAGCACCAACCCAGCUGCCCUGGUAGAACCCUUAUCUAUGGCCACGGCUGGUUUUUAAUUCUGCUUUUUUCUUCUGUCUGUCUUCUGCCUGCAAGGACAUCAUAGCCCCUAAAACACCCUUCUUUUUCCAAAGGAAAAGGCCUUUGAAAGGCAUCCAGCAGGGUCAGGCAUCUCCAUUCUCCACCCUGGGGAGAAGGUGCCAGGAGGUGCCCACACCAUGGGGGACACCCAUCACAGACAGCACUGCCAGCAGCAGGGACACACCAGCCUUAACGGCAGCCCCCUGCCACCUCCAGCCCCACCUAGGCGUGCUUGGACCCAAUGUGCUGAGCUGAGAGGAGCCAACUGGGAAAAGCAGAUCUAGGCAGUUUGUCCUCUUCUCUGGACCUUCGUCAGAGGUUUUGGUGCAUGUUGGCCAGCACAGCCAUGAGGAGACAGCCCUUCCCAUGGCAUCUCCCCUUCCUUCAGCCCUUCCGGGGGUUGAUGGGCUGCCAUGGAGCAUCCCCCCUGGAGAGAGAAGGCCACAGACCCAUCCUGGUGCCAUCUUCCUCACCUACGACACGAGAGCUGCAGACCUCAGCCGAUGGCUCCCAGCAUGCCAGCAGCCCGUGGGGACCCUGACAGAAAAUAAAAUUGAUUCCAAAUCACUGAAGCUGGCGGUGGGCCAGAGGCAGCUCCUGGGUCUCCAGCCCCAGAAAGCACCUCAGGAGACCAUUUCAUCCACCCCUCAUCCCGUCUGUGCUGUCUCCUCUGAAACACGGUAGGGUUUUUUGGCCAUAACCCCUGGGCUGAAGCACCUCCGUUCCCCCACUGACUGCAGCUUUCCAGGAGGAGGCUGCUCCCUGUAUGCACAAAAUGUGGGACCCCCAAAAAAAAAAAGCCUGUGAGAAACUACCACGUCUCACCAUGCCCCCAUGGGCAGCACUGGAUGAGCUCUCUGGCACCAGGGGUGAGCUCGCUGCCAUGCCCACCACGGGUUUACCUCCGCCACGGGGAGGCUGGGACACAUGUAAUCCAGGGGCAAGAGGAGCAAGGGAUGCCCCAACCAGCAAAAAAACCCCACCCAGCAAAGCCACAACCCACUGGGGACCACCCAGCCCCAUCCCAUGAGCGUGGUCCCAGCAGAUAUGUCACCAUUCCAAACAGUGCAGAGACUUGCAAAAUUCCUUUAAAAAAAAAAAAAAAAAGAAGGAAAAAAAAAAGUAAGUAUUUAUUUCUAUAAAGAAGGAGAGAAAAAAAAGAUUUUAAAGGAAAAUUAUAUACUCAGCAUGUUUAUACACUCUAUGCUUAAAGACUAUUGUGUUGGAGAGUCAUGUCUGAAGACUGAAGGUGGCUGCUCCAGAUUUGCUGCAUGUGCCUGGCCCCUCACCCAGCUCUUCCGGGUCAUGGGGACGGUGAGGAUGAGGUGAUGGAAAGCAGGGGGAGAUGCUGAGGACUCAUGGAGAAACCUUCUGUGCUCGCCUUUGAGGCCGGAGUGGCUGCUGGUGCUGUCGGCAUGGAGCAUGGGUGGGUCUGUGACAUCCCCUUCCUCCCACCGCCGUGAGGGUUUCGUAAGUCAUGACAGGACAACCUCACCUGAAUUUGGUGCUUUGGGAUGUCACCGAGACCAGACCAAACCAUCUGCCUCCCCUUGGGGCAUUCCCAAGAAGUCCAAUUUCUGGCUUAGCAAAGCCACGUUUUUACAAAAAUCCUGUGAUGACACAAGACCUUGAGCAGGUUCGAGGAUUAGAAGAUGGAAAGUGAGGGGGGUUUCCCCAUUUUUCCUGGGUUUGGAUGAGUUCCUUUCUCCUGCUCCUCCUCUUCCUCCUCCUCAGCUGGGGAUGAUGGUGGCUGGCACUGUGGCACAGGCUUGGUGGUAACGAGAGCCCUGCGUCUCCCUGGCUCUCCCGGUGGCUCCUAAUUGGCCAGGUUGUUCAUGGCAACAAGCUCAUUAACGGCUCCGUAUCCCUUCCACUGCGAAGUCAUAUUGAUGGUUUCCCUGCUGCUUUCCCUCCCCAUCCCGCUGGCACAUGGCCCCGUUGGCUUCCCCACAAACCCCCAUCACGCACCCCCAUCCCUACGGGAUGCUCAGGCCAUAGGAUUCACCACAUCGGCCGUGGGGUUUCAACCCGAUUUCCUCUGAUAAUGGAGAUGUGCAGAAAUACCAAAGCCCCUGGGAACGCCUUGAAAUCACACAAUGUAUUUGGGUGCUGGUAGGGAAGGGACUGCUGCAGCAUGAGCUCAACCCCAUACUAGACCCUAGAGAAGCCCCAGAGGGGCUCUGCGAUGACAAUCCUCAGCAAAAGCCAGGGCACAGCCACCUGACCCAGGGUCAGCAUCAGCGGCAAGCUUUUACUCAGAGGUCAUGGUGGUGGCCAGAUCUGGCAGGGGCUGGAUGGAUAGUGCUGCCAGUUCCUGCCACAGCUGGCUCCCACAGGACCAGUUUUGGGGAGAUUUAUUCCUUUUCUAGGGGAUUUGCCCAAAAUUUCCCCAUGGCCAGCGCUCACGGCAUUCCCCUUCACUUGAAUUUGGCUGCUGGUCAGGGAUCUGAAGAGGAACACCACCAGCAAAACCCGCUCGGGGGCCAAAUUUAUCCCAAAUCCCUGAUUUUCUGUUUCAUUAUGUAUUGGAUUUUGCUCGACAUCCAUCGCUCUGAGCCCCCAGGAGCUGGGGAUGCUCCGGGGACCAGCUGCCUCCUCCUGCUUUCAUCCCCACGCCCCCAGUCUGGGGGGGGGUCAAGGGGUGUAAGGGCCUGAGGCAAAUGGGAACCCCAGGCUGGUGCUGUCCAAGGAGGUUUUUUAAACCUCUUUAUCAAGCAAAGGCAAGAAAAACAUACACCACCUCUUGCCGGGGUGUCGUGGCCCCAGCUGCCACCCAAGGCACAGUCAUGGCUGGGUCUUGGACAGCUCGUUUGAAUCCUCCAAAAGGCUCUGAAUUUGGUAAAAACAGAACAAAAACCAGAAAAAGGAAAAGUGUUGAUAAAGGCUCUUGAAGCAGUUGACAAACGUUUUCUCUCAGCAUCUAGAGGAGCCCCCACCGCAGGAGAGAGCGCAUCGCUUCAGCCUCUCAUUUUGGGUUAAAAAUCAGCAGGUUGGGGUGGAGCAAAAGUAUUUGGGAAUCGGUGCCAAAAAAAAACCAAAAAAAAUACAAACCCAAACCAGGGAGCGGGUUGAUUUCAGCAGCUGGAGGCAGUGUGCUGUGACCAAAGCACCGCGGGGUGUUGUUGCGAGGUGAGCAGUGGCGAAGCACCACCUUCCCCAUCGGGGGAGGCAAAAUAAUCCCCGCAGUGGUUGCAAGCGCCCCUCCUGCCCCGAGGAAAAGCCGCUGCACGUCCUUCCCCAGUGUGCAGCAGCAAGAAGAGGAGGGAAAACUGCCCGAAAGCAGGAAAAAUUUUCUAAUCCAGCCUCGGGAUUGAGCUCUGUGGAGUCGGGGUGGGGAGGAAGAAUGAAGCAGGUGCGAUGGUGCAGGGGGGUGGGAUGGCUUUUGGGAAGCGAGCACAGUGAUGCACACUUGCUUAGAGAUAAUCAGAGGAUGCACUCCCCAUGGGGAGAAAAAAAAAAAAAAUAUAUAUAUAUACAGGAAUUGCAAUCGUUUCCCUCAAGCGCUUCCCAGCAGUGUUUGCUUGGGUACAAGCUCAGCCCCAGUGGGCGAUUUCCAAGGGGCCCUGUACAGCAACCUCCCCCCUCCCAAAAGGUAGCCAGUUUGCCUCCUAAGUUAUUUUUUAAAAUCUAUAUAAAUUUAGGUCUAUUUUAGUCUUUUGCAGCGAUGUGCCAGUGUCUGGAAGAACCAAACACCCCUUUCCCCUCCCCCUCCCCGCCCCAGCCCCACAGUCCCUUGAUGCUAAAGCAGGUCCUCAACGCUCCACCUGCCGGAGGAGGACGCUGCCCUGGAGGAGGGGGAAGCAGCGGGGUGGGGGUGCAGCCCGAGCUGGGGGUCAGGGGGAGGCUCCGGGUGCUUUUGUCGGCAGCAGGGUCCAACGGUGGCCGGGGAGAGCGGGCGAGGCAGGAGCUGCUGCCCAUCGGCCGUGGGAGACUGUGUUUUUAGCACUUUGGUUGGUACUAUCACCUGUAGACGCACUUUGAUGUUGUUGCUUUGAAACUUUGCCGAGUGUAAACAAUGUGUAUUUAAAGAAUUACAAACAAACAAACAAACCCCCAAGGUGUGUAAAGAGCUAUUUUAUGAUUCAGUGUUGAAUAAAGACUCUUGAGAUUCAGGUGGGGUUUUCACUCUCCCGGGGACCACGCUAAACCCAGGCCAGUGCCGGCCAGCUCCAGCAUGAAACCAGUGAGACCAGGUGCUUUUUGGGGCUUACUGGGAGCACCCCUUUCUCCUACCCCCCUCUCCCUGCAGGCAGAGGGGUCUUGGUUGGGGCAGCCCCACAGGGCACUGGGCCAAAGCAGGGGACAGGGACAGCAUAUAGGGCACAAACAUCGCCAGAUUAGCUAGGGGGCAAAAAAAUCUAUUUCUGAAUGGUCCUGGGAAGGAAAGGAAAAGAAAAAAGGGGGUGAAUUUCUAGUGGAGAGGCCUGGCAGCUGGAGGAUUCCCAGUUCCCUGUUUACAACCAAGCAGUUAGGAAUCGGUUUUACAGGUUGGAGAUUAUCAGAGCAAGAGCUGGAAACCAGCUCCCCACCUGGCUGGGGAGGGCAGGGUGGCCCUGGGUGCAGGGAGGUGGGACCUGGCUUCAGGGAAGAUGGGGUGGGACACCCAGGAGAGGCAGACUGGACCUUGCUCUAUGAAGGAAGAAUAUUCAAGGGAAAUGCAAAGAAAAUGUUCUGGAAACCCAGCUGGAGUGCUGGGUCCAGCUCUGGGGCCCCAGCGUAAGGAUGUGGAGCUGUUGGAGCGGGGCCAGAGGGGACCACGGGCAUGGUCAGAGGCUGGAGCAGCUCUGCUGUGGGGACAGGCUGGGAGA